AUGCUCAACGAACAGGUGGCUAUUUCAACUUUCCGGCCGACACCAGACAUCUCUAGUACUGCAACAGCAGAACCUGUGAUUUCCAUCUACAAUUUACACACAUUCUCUCAAACUGCUGCUUUCAAACGAUCCACGACCGCUAAGAAUUGUCUUGCAGUAACAGAUUCACAUCUGUUUGCUGCGCAAAGCGAUAAGGCAGUUGUAAACAUAUACAGUCGAGAGAAAGGGAGUUUAGAGACCACAGUUCCGUUCAAAGAAAAAUUUACUGUUCUCGAGGCUGGCAGUCAGGAAAUUAUUGCCGGAGGAACUGAAGAUGGAAGACUAUUGCUUUGGGAGACUGCUACGGGACGAUAUAUAUCUACUCAACAAGCUCACCUCCAAAGACUUACCAGCAUAGUCUUUGAUUGCUCUUCGAACUUUGUUAUCACUGGCUCUGCCGAUAGUAAUGUGUGUGUUUGGUCGAUACCUGCCCUCCUCGACAUACGAACUGGUGAACGCUCGCCUCUUUAUACUCUGGACCGACACACUCGAGAGAUUACUGCGCUUGCUACCGGGAGAGUGGCAGCUGGUGGGCCUUCCGAUAUUCUGCUCACUGCUUCCCGGGAUCAAUCUGUCGCCGCCUGGGACUUCCACACCGGCACUCAUCUACGAACUUACAUCUUCUCUUCAAUUCCGACGUGCCUUGCCAUUGAUCCCGCAGACCGAGCAUUCUACGCGGGGCUAGAAGAUGGAGGAAUACAAUGUGUGGACUUCUUCAACCCAGCUGAUGGAGUGGAUGAUGCUGCCUCAAAUCAGCUAUUCACCAGAGAAUUUAGGGACGUACCCGUUACACUGCCCGAGAAGCGGUGGUUUGCUUCUGGCAUUGACAGUGUCAUAACCGCUCUGGGUGUAGUUUUUGAAGGAAACUAUGUUGUUUCAGGGAACGAAAACGGUGAUGUUUGUGUCUGGGACGUUGCGACGGGCCAUAUGUUUCGGAGUCUUGUUAAGCUUAAAGCAAGUAUCGCGAGUCUAAAAAUUCUUCCUCCAAUUGGCUUCAUGCCUGCGCACCUAGAAAUUUCAGAGCAGAAACAUCAACCAACCAGCAUAUCAAAACCUCGCUAUGACGCCAUUGUAUCACCCUCAGUUGCCGACCUUUAUGGAUACACUGUCUCGACAAAAUUUCUCACGCCCUCGCUUCCCGGGGUAGUUACCUCUCCAUUAGCGUCUAUGCAAGUCAGCUUGUCAAGCUCAUUUUCACCGGAAAAUGACCUGUGUACGCUACAGCAACAGGCAGAUGAGAUGGCGGCUUAUAGGCCCGCAUUGGUGUCAAAACACAAGAUCGAAGCGCUGGAGGCCGAGCUGAGGAUCCUGUAUGAACAAUAUGACAAGCUGGCAACACUGCAUAACAUGACAUGGGAGGGCAUAGUGAAAGAGGCCCUAGAAUAA